GUUAUGUCACACUCGCCCGCACAUCAGCCAAUUUUCAAGCAAUGUGAAGUUGAAUGCGAAUGUAUAUGAGAGACAGCGCUACCAUCGUCCAUCGCAGCAAUAUAGCAGCCGAGAUCGAUGAAAAAUAAUGUAAGGGAUGAUCUGAACAUAGGUAAACUACGUUUGUUUUUGAACGAAUUUUUCCAGCUCGAUUCGUUUAUAGAGAAAUUAUAAAUUUUUAAUAAUUAUAACAAGUUCUUGCUCUUAAUGAACAACGGCAUUCAUCACAUUUCUAUUUCGAAGAAAGUUGUGGUAUAAGACUAAGGUGCAUAUAGGUGCAAAACUGAAAUUUUAAGAGUUGUGCAAUUUGCACAACGUUUUAAUGGAAUCAUAACCUAAAGCCACAAAUAGGAGAAAAAAGUAUACAAGUUUUAGAGCUGUCCAAAAAUGAAUAAAGGCAGGAAAAAUAGUAAUCAGAGAGGUAAGAAAGGCUUAAAAGGCAAGUCAAAUUUAUCAGAUGAAAUCACUCGAACACUGUGUGACUGUGAAGCAACAAAACAUUCACUUGUCAACAACUGCAUUAAUUGUGGAAGAAUCGUAUGUCUAAGUGAAGGGCCUGGACCAUGCUUUUUUUGUGGACACAUGGUCACUUAUGAAAACGAGCCAUUGCGACAUUUAAAGUUAACAAAAGAGUCGAAUAACAAAAAUAAACGAUCUCCUGACAAUAAAAAUAUCCAAGAGCCUGAUGCUUCGGCAACUUUGAGAUUGAGAGACAAAUUACUGGAGUUUGAUAAAAACUGUGCUAGCAGAACAAGUGUGAUUGACGAUGAAUGUGAUUACUACCAAGCUAAUAACCUUUGGUUGACCAAAGAGCAGCGAGAGCAGUGGAAAAAAUUAGAAAAUGCCACUCACAAGCAGAAGCACAAAUCUCGUUUGUUACAGAAACUGUCUGUAGAUUUCACUGGCAGGGUGCAUGAAGAGCAAGAGGAUCCUCUAGAACUGUUCAACAACAUGAAUAGUAUUCAAGAUAAUAGGCAUUUUGAUUUUAAGUCUCCUUAUCCACAGGAUAACCACUUUGAAACUUUGAAGGGACCUGUAUACAUUGGCCAUAGUUUACCUUCAAGUGGUAUUGAAAGAGAAGAAGAUUUCAAUCAUAUAAAUACUCGUAUUCAAGAUAAAGGAUACUUGGAGAUAUCCGAUCAAGGAGUAUGUUUAAGUAUGCAUCAGCCAUAUGCUUCAUUAUUAGUUAGAGGUAUCAAGAAAACAGAAGGUCGCACAUGGUACACCUCUCAUAGAGGCAGACUUUGGAUAGCUUCAGCAGCAAAAGAGCCGACUCCUCAGGAGAUAGCAUCAUUGGAAGAGAUGCACAGGCUUUCAACAGAUGAAGAAAUUCAAUUUCCUAAAUCUUAUCCUACUGGCUGCUUAAUUGGGUGUGUUAAUGUUGUUGACGUUUUAUCACAAGAGGAGUAUGACAAGCUUUAUCCAGAUAACAAAGUUGAUAGUCCUUACAUUUUUAUUUGUGAUAAUUAUUUCGAGUUACCCAUGAAAUAUCCUAUACAAGGGAAACACAAAAUAUAUAAGUUGGAUUCAGUGAUUCAUAGAGCAGCGUUAAACUGUUUGGAAAAAGCAAUGCAAAUGUCAAGGAAUGCCAAUUAGGUUAAUAAUUGAUAGUUGCAGUGUUGUUGGUUUUUCAUCAUAUUAUUUAUGUAUUUGUGUAAAAAGACAUUAUUAAUAAAAGUAAUCAAAGAUAAAAUAUUCCAUUCUUAAAAAAAGUCUUCA